AUGUUAGCUCUGGAUUAUGGAUUCACUAACUUUUUUACUGGGGAAUUAUUCAUCAGUUUUCUUCAUCCUUUCUUCGACCAUUAUUUCCAAUAUUCUGAGUUGGCAACAGUAAAUCGUUGGUCACAGAACCUGAUACGAAAAGUCCGUUCAUUGUGGGAUAUAGAUGGCGAACUUCCUCACCAUGGCAACAAGGGAAAUGACAAAGUAAAGAGAAAUGGUUUCUACACCCGACUUGGGGUGCUCCUGGGUGGCAAAGGUCAAGAAUCUCCAAGAACCGCACCACUAAGACCUGACUCAACCGACCUGAUUAGUCAAGACGCUUAUGCCAACGUGUCAUUGGUUAGUGGUGAAGCACAUAUAACGGGAUCCGCCAACAUUAGUCCCGUCACAACAGUCGCAAAUUCAUCAAUUGUAAAUGAUGCAAGUAUGGACAACUUACGGGCAAAGCGUGAGUUGCGUCGUGAUAGUGUAGCAUCGUUUAUGAGCUCUUGCCCUAGCGGGUUUCUCAGCCCCCUGGCGACGAACUUUCGACGGCAGCUCAGUGAAAGGAUGAAAGAGUCUAGUCCGUUUUGGAAAAGGUCAGCGUUCAUACGUCGAUCUGACAGGAGUAUAAGAACAUCUUUCGCAGUAGAUAGUAGAGGGUACAGUCAAGCCUACACAAUGGUUCCUCUCAGUUUAAAACCAAUGUUCUUUGAAGUUCCCCAGACAGAAACAGAACCGAUAUUUUUUGGCAGGCAAUGGUUAUAUCGAGAGAUUGAACAGGAACUGAUGUCCAGUUCUCACAACAAUCGAGGAGUGGUCAUCACUGGUGGUCCAGGUUCAGGAAAAACAAGUCUUAUUCUACAACUUGUGGACUACAGCAGUUUCGGUAGAAGAAGGGAAGACAGUUCUUACUACAGUAAAGAUACUCUCUCCAGUAGCGGAAGUGACGCAAUGUCUACGUCAAGUGGAGAUGGCACUCCCACCUAUCAGUCUCGACUUAGCCUGACUCAGGAGGCUGCUCGAUUUCUUGGGGGUCACGUGGUAGCCUAUCAUUUUUGUCAGGCUGACAACAACGUCACGUGUCUGGUGCCUGAAUAUGUACACAAUAUGGCUGCCCAGCUAUGUCAGUCACCACAGCUAGCAGGAUAUAGAGAGUUACUUCUUAAGGAGAGAAGGUUUCAAGACUUACUAGCAAUGUCGUCCUGUAUGGUAGACCCCAGUACCGCUUUCAUUAAAGGAAUUCUUGAACCUCUACACUCACUUAGAAAACUUGGAAGGAUAGCAAAUACCUUGUGCCUUAUUGUAAUAGAUGGUUUAAAUGAAGCAGAGUUUCACAGGCCUGAUUAUGGAGAUACUAUUGCUUCUUUCUUGACAAGACAUAUCCUCCAGUUCCCACCGUGGCUCAAGGUGGUAGUAACUGUACGAACAGCAUUCCAGGAAAUCGUCAGUUCAUUGGCUUUCCACUUUAUCUCAUUAGACAGAGUAACGAUAAACGAUAAUUUGAAGCAGGAUCUUUAUGAUUAUCUUAUCUUCCGAAUCAGCUCAAGCCCUGCAAUUCGUGCCAAUAUUUCGGUAACAAACUCGAAGUCUGAAGGUUGUUCUUACAUUCGAUUUGCCAACCACCUGGUGUCUCUCAGCAAAGGCUGUAUGUUGUACUUGAAACUGACUCUAGAUCUCAUCGAGAAGGGCCACCUGGUUGUAAAAAGUAGUAGUUAUAAAGUCCUUCCUGUGAGCCUCUGUGAAUUAUAUCUGCUUAGUUUCAACCUGAAGUUCACAACCGUCCGAUCUUUUGAUAGGGUCACCAGCCUACUUCAAUGCUGUCUAGCUGCCUUGUCCCCUCUCACUUCCCUGGAGCUCUACCACACUGUCAAUGCAGGAAUUUUACAUCAGCCCAUCCCGUGGCAAGAAUUCCUUCAAAGACUGGACAUUUUGACCAUUAGCAACUUUUUGAUAGUUCGACAGGACAAAACACUCAUGUUUGCCCAUCCUUCCUUGAGAGAGUGGUUGAUUCGCAGAGAAGAGAAUGAAGGCACAAAGUUCCUCUGUGAUGUCAGGACUGGACAUGCAUUGAUAAGCUUUCGUCUUAGCCGACUGGAAGCACCACUUGAUCCAAAUCGUUGUUUGGAGCUUGGCCAUCACAUCUUGAAGGCUCACAUCUACAAAUCGGUGGCUCGAGACAUGCCCCCUGGAAUCCUUUCUCGUGAUCUGCAAGCUCUGUGGAUUUACCACAGCACAUACGACCUCUCAAGGGUUUUGUGUGCGGUGAGGAAUGUGUAUAAUCCUAAUGUUAAGGUCAGUCGUUUGCUGCUGCUUGCUGGGGCAAAUUCUAACAGUCGAACCAAUCAGCUGGAGGAAACUCCUCUUAUUGUCGCUGCUGCUCACCAGGGACACAUAGGCGUGGUUUCACUAUUAUUGGAGUUUGGAGCAGAUAUUAAUGCCGUGACAUCAACUGGGCUGAGUCCUCUGAGCAUAGCCUCCAAGCAGGGAUGUUUAGAGAUUGUCCAUCUUCUGCUAGCUAAAGGUGCUAAGAUAAACCAAAUGGACAAGACUGGAAGAUGUCCUCUGGUGUAUGCUGCCAUGAAUGGUCAUUUGGAAGUGACCAGCAAACUUGUACAGUUUGAAUGGACAGGAGAACCUGGACUGGAAAAAACAGCUCAGCAAGCUUUUGUUGCAACAGCACAGAACGGUCACAUAGCUGAAUGUGAGUUCAUGUUGAGUAUGGCUGAAGUGAAGAUAAACACUCCCGAUGAUCUAACGGGCCAGACUGCCCUCACCGCAGCCUGUUUUGCAGGACAUAUUAAAGUCUGUGAUUUUCUACUAAGAUGUAAUGCAUCUGUCUUUGCUAUCAACUCUCAGGGGGAGCCACCACUGAUUUGUGCUGUAGUAGCUGGCCAUUGGGAGGUAGUGGAAAUUUUACUAAAUCACAAUGCUUCUUUAGAACAAACUAAUAGCAAAGGUUGCACUGCUUUGAUGAUGGCAGCUAGAGAAGGACACCUGGGUGUUCUGGAACUUCUUAUAUCUAAAGGUGCCAGUACCAGUGCUACAGACAACCAAGGAAUGAACGCCCUCUGCUGGGCAUGUUCUAGAGGUCAACUAGAAGUAGUUCAGAUUCUUUUAAGUCAUGGGUCUGAUAUCCACCAUACUGACAAACACGAACAAACACCACUAGACAUGGCUGCCACUCAAGGAGAUCCAGCUGUUAUUCAAUUGCUACUAGACAGUGGUGCCACAACUGGUGGAAAUGUGAGACCUUUGGACAGAGCAGUGGCCUGUAAUAAUUUGGAUGCUGUAUCGUGCUUUCUCCAGAGAGGAACCAAACUUGGGCCUCAGACUUGGUCUAUGGCUGAAGGGAAGACAGAAGUUUUACACGUGUUGCUAAAAAAAUUAUUGGAUGAUGGAACAACUUUAUACAAAAGAGGUAGGCUUAAGGAAGCAGCUCAUCGUUACCAAUAUGGACUGAGAAAAUUCCCACCGGAAGAGACUCUGACACGAGAGUAUCAACUUACCUUUCACCAGCUUAAGUUCCAGUUUUUAGUCACACUCUCCCGUUGCAAGCGGAAAAUAAAAGACUUUGAUUCUGCUAUAGAAGCAGCAGAAACAGCGGUGGAAGUCAGUCCUAAAGCAUUUGAGGGUUAUUACACAAGAGCACGUGCCAAACAAGAGGUCGGCCAAUUGCAGGCUGCUCUUAAUGACCUCACCGAGGCCUUACGUCUGUCCCCAAUGAACCAGAAUGUUAGAAAAGCACUGUCACGUUUAAAGGACGAACUGAUUUCAGCACGUGAGGAAUCGAAGCAGUCUGUAGUAUCACCAACAACUUCUAGAUCAGGAAAUAAUGCUGAGGAAUUCAGCAGGUAUCCUACAAAUACAAAACUUCUGAGCGAAUCAACAAAGUGUAUGGGUACUAUUGACAUCGCCAGCGCCCUCUCUCGGAUACCUUCUAAACCAUUAGAGUACACAACUCCGAGCAUCGAGACAAUUAUCUGAAAAUUUAGAUUGCUCAAUUAAGACUAAACUGACUUAAGUCGAACAUCAUUUUUGAUUUUGAACUAAAGUUCAGUAAAGAGAUUUCAUGUUCUAAUCAUUUCAAGAAAGGUAUUUUUGUGAACAAAGUAAUGGUAAAUUCAUUCCAGGAAUAUGAAACAAAAUAACACUAGAGAGCGCGAUAGUUGAUUUUACUUAACGUGGAGUAUGUACAGUUUGUAAGUAUCACGUAAGGACGUUGUCGGAGAGAGAGAGGGUUAGGCUUUAUUAUUAUUAUUUUAGGAUAAUACGUUAUGGCCCCAAAUGGUGUGUCUUGUGACUAGUCAUCCUUCCUUCAGGUUUGGUGUACAGUCAAAAUGUUCAUCAGACGAGUUUGUUUUCUCAGUAAAGUUCAUCGUUUAGUGUUUCUCUUCUGUUCAAGUUGUAGAUAUUCAGGUCACAGUGACACGAACACAGAUUGUAUCACGUUGUACACUCCCACUUUAUCUCUACUGUGUUUAAUUGGUAUAGGAAUCCGAUAUCUCGGACCAACGCAAUGAAAUGUCAUUUUUUUCUGUCGUUUUUAACUGUCUAUUCAUCAUUUUUCUACUGACAUGUCAUCACAGAAAUUUCUAUAAACAAGUUGUACCAAAAAUAACAUUUGUCAUAGCUAAUUGGCAUUGUAUUAUUUUAGCAAGUUGGGUACAUGGGCUAUGUCUGAUCGUUAUUGGUAUUGUAUUAUUCUUCCAAGCUGGAUAUGUAGAAUAUAUUACUGAUAGUGGUAUUGUAUUGUUAUUUCAAGUUGAAUAUCCAGGAUCUGUCUGGCCAUUAGUGAUACUGUAUUGUUCUUCGAAGUUGAAUAUCUAGAAUCUGUCUGACCAUUAGUGGUAUUGUAUUGUUCUUCCAAGUUGAAUAUCUAGAAUCUGUCUGACCAUUCAUUGUAUUUUAUUGUUCUUCCAAGUUGAAUAUCUAGAAUCUGUCUGACCAUUCAUGGUAUUGUGUUGUUCUUCCAAGUUGAACAUCUAGGAUUUGUCUGACCAUUAGUGGUAUUGUAUUGUUCUUCCAAGUUGAAUAUCUAUAAUCUGUCUGACCAUUCAUGGUAUUGUAUUGUUCUUCCAAGUUUAAUAUCUAGAAUAUGUCUGACCAUUCAUUGUAUUUUAUUGUUCUUCCAAGUUGAAUAUCUAGAAUCUGUCUGACCAUUCAUGGUAUUGUGUUGUUCUUCCAAGUUGAAUAUCUAGAAUCUGUCUGACCAUUAGUGGUAUUGUAUUGUUCUUCCAAGUUGAACAUCUAGGAUUUGUCUGACCAUAAAUGAUAUCGUAUUGUUUAACGAAACCAGAAAUAAAAAUUGUCCCUUCGUAAGUUUUAUACUCCAUACUACGAUGUGGUUCAAUCGGUUUUCAUGUGUGUUAAAUAUUUGAAAUAGUUGGAGUUUUUAAAGUAACAUUUGUCUCCAGACUCGUUACACCUUAGUUAAUCCGUGUGAUUCCAUUGGAUUCUGAUUUUAUAACAACCAGUGAAGGAUUGACAUGAUUACACAGCUUUCUGAAUUAAGGUAGCAGAAGUAAACGUUCGUUUUAUUACUGAUGGAUGUUUACUUAAUAAAUAAGAUUACUUUUAAUCCUAAUCCUUCUUAUUAGGUAGCUUUUAUUUUGUAGACACGCAAAAUUAAUUAAUCUCUGAAAAAGAAUAAAACUUGAAACAGACCCUACCAAUCAAAGUAUGAACCAUAUAUUAUAUAUUAGACAAUCACGACAACUCUCUGGUGAAUUUUGUGAUAUUUUAUUUCUCGUGUGGUUUAUAGAAUUAAACUUCAAUUAUACAUUUUAGACAUGUAAGCUAAAACCAUAAGAAUCCAUAUUCUGUAUAUAUAUAUAUUCACAUUUCUUCUUAUUGGUUCAUAAUAGUCCAUCUCAGUCGAAAACAAAAUAAAAAGCCUACGAACUAUAGUCGAUAACCAACAAUAUAUAUUAGUGAGUUUGUGUUUGUUUGUUUACUUUCGGAAAACAAUGAUAGUUUGGGGGCAAAAUUGAAAGAGAAACGAAAAUCUCAGGAGCAAUUCAUUAAACUCUUAAUCUAGUUAAUGUAGAGUUUCAAGUCGAGGGUUGAUUUAUAUUGGGAAUACUAGAAAAUCUCAAAGGAAAAAAAAUGAUAAGAAUUUAUUAUAAGCGUAAUAUAAAGUUAACGUAAAUCUUAAUCUGU